AUGUUAUUCAGUGCCCCCUCAGAAGACAAUUCCACACCGCCUGCCAACUUCCAGCUUCAAGACUCAAGUCAUAAUCAUCGGAGCGUACCCUAUAGCGAUGAAGAGAGUGAUUCGUUCUUGCACCAAGAUAAAGAUGCUGGGGACCAGGCGGUUGAGUCAACCCAAAACCUAAAGAAGGCUUCUUUUUGGAUAGCCAUUAAUAUCAUCGCAACUGUUCUCAUUGUAUUUACUAACAAAGCCAUUUUUGAUGAUGACAACCUCAAAUUCGUCCAGCUGAGCUUUGCAGCAUUCCACUUCACAGUUACUUGGCUUGCUCUAUGGGUCGUCUCUAGAGAAUACUUUGCGUUCUUCACGCCUAAGCAUGUACCUGUCACACAAAUGCUUCCCCUCAGCGUUGCCAUGACACUCAACAUCGUCUUCCCCAAUCUUUCCCUUGCAUACUCAACCAUCACAUUUUAUCAGAUCGCCCGUGUCUUGGUAACUCCCUGUGUGGCGAUUAUCGACUAUGCGUUUUACAGAGUUUCCAUGUCUGGCUUCGCAGCUUUGACACUCGUUGUUGCAUGUUUGGGUGUUACCAUGGUAUCUUAUUAUGAUUCAAGACCAUCUAAUGAUGCCAACGUCAAAACUACUUCGCAAAUCGGAAUUGUCUUUGCCUUGUUGGGUGUAGUGUUUUCAUCGCUUUACACAGUCUGGAUUGCGUCUUUCCGGAAGAAGCUUAACAUCUCAAGCAUGCAGCUACUGCUCAACCAGGCUCCUUUGUCUGCUUUUCUUCUACUUUACUUCAUUCCUUGGGUUGAUAACUUCCCAGUCGUCAAUGACAUUAGCAUCAGCCACUGGAUACUCAUUCCCUUUUCUGGCAUCUUGGCAAUGUUGAUUAAUAUUUCCCAAUUCUUUAUCAUCGCGGAAACUGGCCCUGUUGCUAGCACUGUCGUGGGCCACAGCAAAACAUGCACAAUCGUGGUUCUUAGCUGGGCAGUUUCGGGUCGAGCUGCAACCGAUAUGUCUGUUGUUGGUCUGCUAAUAGCAUUGUCGGGGAUUUUCAGGUGA